AUGGAAAUACUUGAAUUAAUCGACAAUGAGACCCAGCUCGGAGAAUCUAAAGCGCAUCCAUGCACGUUGCCAGGCUGUUCAAAAUCUUUUGGCAGACGCUCCGACUUGGCUAGGCAUGUCAGAAUCCACACCAAUGAAAGACCAUAUGUGUGCCACGAACCAAAGUGUGGAAAGAGUUUUAUUCAGCGUUCAGCAUUAAAAGUUCAUUUGCGCACGCAUUCAGGCGAAAGACCACACCAAUGUGAAUACCAAGACUGUGGAAAGACAUUCGGCGAUAGCAGUUCGCUGGCUAGACACAGACGUAUCCACACAGGCAAAAGGCCGUACAAAUGCACAUUUGAUGGUUGCAACAAGUAUUUCGCAAGAAAGAUCAUCAUGACAAAACAUCAAAAACAGGCGCAUGAAUCCGGCACCAAACGCACACAUCUACAGUGGAGACCAUUGAACGAAAUGCUGAUGAACGGAAAGAAGCCUCGAGCAGGCAGAACUUCAUCGUGGAGACCCUUGGAUGAAAUAUUACAAAGUGGCACAUUACUUCAACAGCAGUUGGACGCAGCAGAAGUCGAAGCAGCAGCAGCAGCAGCAGCAGCAGCAGCUAGUACUACUUGCAGUGACCAUGACGAACUCUCAGCAACACCAGCAUCGCCAGUACCCUCUGAGCAGAGCUCUGCAACCGUCGAUGAAGACAUGAUAUAUAGCCCGAUCGAUUAUCAUCAGCAUUACCAACAUCCACAACCACAGCCACAGCAACAUGACAAUCAUCAAAAGCACCAUGGCACGGUUAUCACCGGGCAUGAUGACAACUGGUAUGCCUCUCCUUUUUACCAUCAUCAUCAAGCACAGCCAUCGCAGACACAUCCACAUCAUGCACCCGCCAUGCAACACCACCACCAUCAUCAGUGGCUGCCAUCACUGUGUAAAGAACGAUCUUACUAUCCGCCUAUUAUCACAAGCCAAGAUGCUGCCAAUGCGCCAAUCUUUCUCAACUAUCAACCAUUCGAUCUACUCUAA